CCGAUAUAGAAUGACAGCACAUUGCCACAAUUUAAAUGACUCUGCCUCUGCCCCCGUGGAAGGACAGGUCCUCCAGGGAACACCAGCCACAACAGCUGUCCAUUCUCCCCAAAAAAAUCUUCAUCAUGGCCUAUAAAGCAGCACAUUUGGCCUUUAAGUCGCGCUGGCACAAGACGGAUGAGGAACUCUGUCGGCACAGCAUGUCCUUUGUCCUGCACAAGGCAAUCCAGAACGACUUCUUCAAGUGCUACCUCUACCUGCUGGAAAAGCUCCCCCUGGUGAAACUUUAUGCUCUGACAAGCCAAGUGAUCAACGGGGAGAUGCAGUUCUACGCCAGGGCCAAGCACUUCUACCGGGAGGUGCCCGCCACGGAGGAGGGAAUGAUGGGGGACUACAUCGAGCUCUCCAACACCGACGUGGAAUCCUCCCGGGAAUUCCUCAGGAAGUUUGUUGGGGGGGUGGGGAAAGCUGGCACCAGCCGUGCCCUGGACUGUGGCUCUGGGAUAGGUCGGAUCAGCAAGCACGUCCUGCUGCCGGUGUUCAAGAGUGUGGAACUGGUGGAUAUGAUGGAGAAUUUCCUGGCUGAGGUCCCAAACUACCUGCAGGGCAAGGAGGACAGAGUAGAGAUGUAUUACUGCAAAAGCCUCCAGGAGUUCACACCAGCCCCACGAAGAUACGACGUCAUCUGGAUUCAGUGGGUUUCAGGAUACCUGACAGACAAAGAUCUCCUGGAGUUCCUGAUCCGCUGCCAGGGUGGCUUGAAGGACAACGGAGUGAUCAUUCUGAAGGACAAUGUGGCCAGGGAGGGCUGCACCCUGGACUGCCUGGACAGCAGCGUGAUCCGCGACCUGAACAUCCUGCACAGCCUCAUCGAGAUGAGCGGACUCACCAUCCUCAGGGAGGAGAGGCAGGAGGGCUUCCCUGAGCAGUGUGUCCCUGUCUGGAUGCUGGCCAUGCAGAAGGGCCCUGGCCACUCCUGACUGCCCUGUCAGACUGCAGGGACUGGGCUAUGGAUAACCAGGGGACUGGGAAGGAGAAAAGCACCUCCUGGAAUCCUCCUACCCAUGCACUGCUCCAGGGCAGCAGCUUCUAAAGGGUCAGGAGGGAACCACAAAGCUUCUCCCAGGAACAGUCAGCACCUAAAUCCUGCCUGCUCCAUCAUUCUGCUCCUAAAUCCUGCCUGCUCCAUCAUUCUUUCCAUUUUUAAAAGCUUUCCUGACCUCCUUGUCAAAGAUCUCUGUUCUGUUAAGGAGUCAAUGCUGUACAAUACUCAUCCAAUAGAAAACAAUUAGGUCUGAAGUUUCUGUAGUAGUUAAUAAUUUUGGGGUGUUCUGUAUGAGGUGUUAACAAGCCUGGUUUUUACUGUGGCACUUCAGUCUUCUUGGAAUUUAAGAAGGAUCUGUCAGAUCACUGAAGCAGGAAAUUCAAGUAACUUCUGGAAAAUGUCAUCCAAAUUUUGGCUGUCCUCUCUACCUGUACUUUAGAAUACUUAAACCAAGAAUAUAAGGAAACUUUUAUCUUUUUGUUGGCAUCAGCUAUGUAGUUUUUGGGGUUUUUUGGGAAUUUUUGGUGGGGUGUUAUUUUUUGGUUGUUGUUGUCAGUUUGGGGUUUUUUGUUUGUUUGUUUGGGUGGUUUUGUUGGUUUGUUUUGGGUUGGUUUGUUUGUUUUUUUUUAUUUCUGUCAAUUUGGACAAUAAAACAACCUGGGUAAUUUUCCAUUUUUAGGAGCUACUUCCUCUUCCUGAUGUUCCUGCUGUAGAACAAUAGUGGCACAUAAGGGAUUUCACACUCCAGAGGAAAACUUGGCUGAAAAUAUCUGCAUGUUUGCAUUGAAAUUUUGUGAAAAGCUUGCCCCACAUAUUACAUUCUGGAUUUUUAAAAUUUUUUUUUCAGAAUGUUCACAGUGAAAACCACUUGAAAGCCUCUCUUUAUUAUUCAUACCACAGUACAUUUCUUUUUUCCCACAUUCAGAACAAGCCUGGCACCAUAUGCAGAGCUAAUGGGAUUUCAUGGAACCUUAAUAGCAAGGCUGUAAGAAGAACUAAUACAGUCUUGUAUUAAUUAACAACUGUGCUAAAUUGCAGAGAGUGUUAGUGUAGCCCAAAAGCAAUGAUUUAUUUUCAAAGAGCAGCUGUGUAAGCCUGCAUUUGAAAGUACAGACAUGCAGCCCAUCUCCUUAAGGCUCAGAGAAAUUAUACAUUAAACUUCUUGUCCUCUUCACAGAGGCACAGAAAGUGCUGUAGGAGGACAGAAGUUCAUUUUGCAAACAAAUUCACAAUUUGGAAUUCUCCUUCGUUCUAAAGGCAGGGGGAAUUUUGAAAUUUGUUAUGAGGGAAAGCUACACAACCACAGUUUUCCAAGCUGAUUAAACUUUUUUUAUCCAGACAAAAUGAAAUGCUUCUUUUGAAUUGAACUUUUAACUUUUAAUUUGCCCUUAAAAUGUUAGUAAGCCUCGUUCAAAAUUUUAGAAAUUAAUGAUAACAUUAGAAAUGUUCUGACUCUGUCAGAAUUUUUAUCACAUCUUGCUCCCCUGAAAUGCAAUCCUGGCAAAGCUUUUCAGACUUUGUAAAGAGUUGCACUCUGACAAAUCUCUCUGUGCUAGGGGAAAGGAGCUCUAUAAAACAUCCCUCACAUGACAGCAGGCACAAUUGGCUGUGUCAAAUAUUGUCAGCUGUGUUGGAUUAACUAAAAAAGAAGCCUGAAGAUAACAAGAUAAGGGAGCCUCUCAGCUGGAUUUUAGUACACAUGGCUGUCCUUUGAUAACAAAUCUCCAGUUUUGAUUUUAAUUGCAUAACUCAUCUUCUCUGGCAAUGUGUUUGCACAUGUUGAGAAUUACCAGUUUAUGGCAGGAGGCUUUCUGCCAUCAACUCUUAUCCAGUAACUCUUCUGUUAAUGUUCCAUGGCUAAUUGUAGCAUUAAGGAAAACCACACUGGUGAUUUGGUGAAUAUUCUGGUGUUUCCUAUAGCCUGGAAACCUAUGGCUCCCAUAAGACAGAUGCUUCUGGAAUGUUUUGACUGAUUCUUCCAUUCUGAUCAGCUGGUAUUGCAUGGAAACUGAGAAAGUAACAUUUCUUUUAUCAAGAAAGAGGCAUCAGCCCUAUAACAAAAAGAUGGGAAUAUUUACAUAUCUUCCUUUACAUAGCUUACAAAUUAAUUUGCCCUUCACCAUUUUUUUUCCUUCUAGCCAGAGACAUCUGCCAUGGUGUAGAACACCUGGGGACUGCAGGAGAUCCUUGUGCCAGGCAGGUCUGAGGUGCUGUCACUGCAGUGGUGAGAGAAUGGCAUUGUACAAAAAGGGGGAAUAAAGAACUUUAUACAAACCUAAACAGCUGCCAAAUCUUACAGGACACAAUAUAUCAGCUGAGUUGGUGCAGUUUGGUCAUGAGAGACGUGGUUCCAGGGUGGAUUUGGAAUACCAAGUUGUUCAGGAUGAAAAAUGGAAUAUAAAUGGCUGGUGUGGUUACCAGUGAAAUACAUUUUUCAAUGUAAAAAUG